AUGGUGGUUCAAGACAAUAAGUCCAACAGUUACGCGUCGCGUAGACAGAGCAAUAUCGUUGAUGAUUUUGAUGAUAGAUCACUGGAUAUGUGUCCGAUAUGUAAGACAGAUAAAUAUUUAUCACCAAAUAUGAAUUUCCUUAUUAAUCCUGAAUGUUAUCAUAGAAUAUGUGAAUCAUGUGUGGAUCGUAUAUUCUCAUUAGGUCCAGCACCUUGUCCAUAUGCCAAUUGUGGAAAAAUAUUGAGAAAGAAUAAGUUCAAACAACAGAUAUUUGAUAAUUUAUCAAUUGAAAGAGAGAUUGAUAUUAGAAAGAAAGUAGGUGCUAUUUAUAAUAAGACAGAAGAGGAUUUCAGUGAUUUAAAGGAAUAUAAUAAAUAUUUGGAAAUUAUAGAAGAUAUUAUUUUUAAAUUAAACAAUGGUAUAGAUCGAGACCAAACUGAAAUGGAAUUAUAUACUUAUGAACAAGAACAUAAAUUGGAGAUUUUGGAAAAGAAUAUCACAGAGAGUCAAAAGAAUGCUGAUGCUCAAAAAUAUAAAGAAGCCAUGGAAAGAUUAAGACAAGAGAAAUUAAGAUUUGAAAGAGAGCAUGAAAUCGAAGAUUUAGAAUAUCAACAGAAACAACAGCAAGAAUUAUUAGAUACUUUAACCAAUUCCAAUUCAACAAUAUCAGCUGAAGAGAUCAUCAAACAACAACAAUCCAAUGCAUUAAAGAGAGCAUCAUUACGUAAGAAGCAAUUGCAACAAGUUAACACACAAUUGGAACAGAAAUUUAAUCCAGUUUAUCAACAGAAAUUAUUAGAACAACAGUUGGCAAUAAGUAGGAUGCCAUUUACUCCAUUUCAAGGUGAUAGAGAUUUGAAUAAACUCUAUAAAUUGUUACCUAUACCCAAUGAAAUUGAUAAAUUAAUGGAUAUUGAGAAUCAUAUAAGUGAUAGUUAUAAUGAUCCAUAUUUGAAUAAAUUAGCUAAGAAUAAAGAAUAUUUGGGUGCCGGGUGGAGAUUAACGACUGUUUAUGAAAGAGCAUUGGAUGAAGCAUUUAUUGGAUUGGGCUGCAUAAUAGAGCAAGAAAAGCGUCAAACAACUGCUGUAUAG